AUGAUGCAGGACAUAUGGGCGACCGGAAUACAGUGGGAUGACCCGAUUACCGAAGAGAUACAAAUGCAGUGGAAGCAGUGGAUUGGACUUAUCCCAAAGCUGAGCACUCUUCGUGUACCCCGUUGCUACCUCAAGGGAGCGCGAGAGAACAGCUACUCCAUGUUGCAGAUUCACACAUUUGUCGAUGCAAGCCAGUCUGCGUACUCAUGCGCAGUGUAUUUUCGAGUAGAUACACCAGAAGGUCCAGCCGUUAGCCUUGUAGCAGCGAAAUCCAAAGUUGCUCCUCUGAAGAUGCUGACGAUACCUCGGCUCGAACUCCAAGCUGCAGUUCUGGGAUCUCGUCUGCUCAACAGUGUAUUAGCAAUGCACUCCCUCUCUGUGACGAAGCGUGUCCUGUGGUCCGACUCCAAUACCGUCCUCGCCUGGAUUCGGUCAGACCAGCGACGAUACCAUCAAUAUACGACGCCACGAAAUGGGGAACUGGACCAGACAUUCGCUCGGAAAGCCGGUGGUUCCAAGGACCACCAUUCCUCAAACAACCGGAAGGAAUUCUGGCCACGUGAAGCUGAACAGAUCAAUCCAACGGAGGAGGAGCUGAUCAAGGAGCAUAUGCCGUGUAAUCUUCACAAAAAAACAGAGCUGCUGGUGGUAGACGCCACUAAAUUCAGUAAAUGGGAGAAACUGCACGGCACCAUGUCAUAUGUACACCGGUUCAUCCAGAAUAUCCAACGAUCAAGGCGAAACGAAGAACAAAAGCUGGGAGCUCUGACGCAGGACGAAAUGGUUGUAGCCGAGAGAUCGUUGUGGAUACAAGCACAAGCAGAAUCCUUCGGCCCAGAAGUACAGUUGCUGAAGAAGACGAAAGGGAGAUCAGAAGAUAUCCAUGAAGUCCUACCGAAAUCGAGCCCACUGUACAAGAUGUGUCCGUUCAUUGACGACACGGGAGUGAUGCGGAAACGAAGUCGCUUGCAAAAUGCCGACUGGAUGGCGUUUCACACUAAGUAUCCGGUGAUACUUCCUCGUCAAAAUCGCAUAUCGUUUCUUCUUGUCGAUUAUUACCACCGUCGCCUGCAACACCGUAACCGCGAAACGGUAGUCAAUGAGAUGCGGCAGCUCUACGAGAUUCCACGUCUAAGGUCAGUGGUAUUUAAGGUCGUGGAUUCCUGUAUGACUUGCCGAAUUCGCAGAGCUGUUCCUAAUCCCCCGCCUAUGGCACCGCUACCCAAGGUUCGUGUCACGCCCUAUGUCCGACCGUUUACAUUCGUGGGUGUCGACUACUUUGGUCCAGUGUUAGUGAAAGUUGGGCGCAGCAACGUUAAGCGGUGGAUUGCACUUUUCACUUGCUUGACGAUUCGCGCGGUGCACCUUGAAGUUGUUCACAGUAUGUCCAAGGAAUCAUGCGUAAUGGCAGUGAGAAGGUUCGUGUCGCGACGUGGAGCACCGGUGGAAAUAUUCAGUGACAAUGGCACUAACUUUCUUGGCGCAAGUAAUCAACUGAAGCGAGAAGCUGAAGAGCUGGUUCAUCACCUAGCGUCUACAUUUACGAACACCACGACCCGUUGGUCGUUCAACCCGCCUGGAGCUCCUCACAUGGGAGGAGCUUGGGAAAGAAUGGUUGGAUCGGUAAAGGUCUCAAUCGAAGGUAUACUGGAGAAUCAGAGACGACCGGAUGAUGAGAUUUUGGAAACAGUGGUGAUCGAGGCAGAGGCUAUGAUUAAUUCGCGGCCGUUGACCUACAUACUGCUCGAGUCUGCUGAACAGGAAUCCCUAACUCCGAAUCACUUCUUACUAGGAAGCUCUAGCGGAGUGAAACAAAAGCCAGUGCUACCUACAGAAUAUCACGCGACGCUAAGAAACGGUUGGAAACUCGCCCAGUACCUGUCGGAUGGGAUUUGGAGGAGAUGGAUCAGGGAGUAUUUGCCAGACGGUCGAAGUGGUUCGAAGAAGUGA